GGGCCGGCGGGUGUGGUUCGAGAGCGCGCGGAGUCCAGACUGGCGGCAGGGCCCGAGGGGCCGACCCGCAGCGUCCCUGGUCUCUCCAGCCCUCACUCGGAACCGCACGUGAGGGCAAAUCCGCCCCGGUGGCUGGCUUAGCACGCGGGGACAGCCCCUCCGAGGCCUCCCUAGCGGUGUGGGCGAGAGGGCGUCCGGGUCGGGGGAAGCACGGAAAGGUGGCAUCGUGAGGCUGUUGUGGGGGACGGGACGGGCAGCCUGGCGAUGCCUGGACAUGGUUGGUGGCCAAAAACAUUUAUCGAAAGAUAGCUUACCCACUUAGAUGGCGAGGAUACCGACAAGCAAGUCUUCGCCCGGUACAGGUGAAAGGGGGCAGACCCCUCAUCAUGCUUUCCAGGCAUCUGCCACUUCCCAGGAAUUGUCUCCCUGGAUAAACAAGGCGAAGUCCCUGGCUGUGCGGAAGCAGUAGCUGUGUGGUGGCGCAGUCAGGAAAACUCGGGGGCCCUGUUGGUAUUUUCUACCCCUGACCCGUGUGCAUACUUCUGUCGUAGCUCUCACCACAGUAGACUCUGCUAUCAUUGUGUCUUCCAUCCUCUGAACCCUGUGCAAGGUCUGCUCAUGGUGAAUGCCCAGUAAGGCUCACCUAUUGCUGCUAUCUCGUCAUCAUAUCAUUUCUAUGUGCCCCCCUAGCUAAGAGUCUGGACUGUGGUUACAUUCUCAGGAAUGUUUACAAAGUCAUAUUUAGGUGUGAGGAGAGUAAAACAGAGCUAGACAUAAUGUUGCACACAGCCUUUGGCACUGGAUGCCUGGCGAAUGUCUUGUGCAAAUGGGUAACGUGAGGAGCAGCAUUUGGGGUGCGCAGGACUUAACUAUUUGUGUAUAACAUAUUAUUGAUGCCUGUGUGUCAUACUCUGCUACUCCAAGGCUAGUAGUCAAUUGCAUACCAUAUCUCAGUCUGGCACUGAGGGAAGCAGUCUGGAUGGAGGUACAGCUGGAGAUUUGGUUGAGGGGACUUAUCUCUGACAACAGCCUCUUGUUGAUCUUCCCAGACAGUGACAAUACCCUCCCCUCCCUUGGGCUGGACCCCUCUCUACAGCUAGGAGCCAAUGGCAGAAGACAAAACCAAACCGAGUGAGUUGGACCAAGGGAAGUAUGAUGCUGAUGACAACGUGAAGAUCAUCUGCCUGGGAGACAGCGCAGUGGGCAAAUCCAAACUCAUGGAGAGAUUUCUCAUGGAUGGCUUUCAGCCACAGCAGCUGUCCACGUACGCCCUGACCCUGUACAAGCACACAGCCAUGGUAGAUGGCAAGACCAUCCUUGUGGGUGUUUGAUGUACAGAGGAAAGUCACCUAUAGGAACCUGAGCACCUGGUAUACAGAGCUUCGGGAGUUCAGGCCAGAGAUCCCAUGCAUCGUGGUGGCCAAUAAAAUUGAUGCAGACAUAAACGUGACCCAAAAAAGCUUCAGUUUUGCCAAGAAGUUCUCCCUGCCCCUGUAUUUCGUCUCGGCUGCUGAUGGUACCAAUGUUGUGAAGCUCUUCAAUGAUGCAAUUCGAUUAGCUGUGUCUUACAAACAGAACUCCCAGGACUUCAUGGAUGAGAUUUUUCAGGAGCUCGAGAACUUCAACUUGGAGCAGGAAGAGGAGGACGUGCCAGACUAGGAACAGAGCAGCAGCAUCGAGACCCCAUCAGAGGCGGCGGCCUCUCCCCACAGCUGAGGGGCUGGGGCUAGGGGUGGGUGGAGCCCUUUUAAAAUACCCUUCCCUUCAACAACUCUCCAGCUCUGAAUGGAGAAACUCUCUAGGCCAUCCCCUCUUCUACCUCCUGCAACCCACCCAUCCUAUUAGCCUCCCACAUUCAAGGCCCGUGAUACAGGGAUGAGGUCAGCACCAGCAAACUCUGGACUGGUGGAAGAAUUCCCCACCAGAUCUCCUUGAAGCAGAAUUAGGGAUCAGCAUCAUUAACACCUUCCCCACCCCCUCCCCCCAGGCAGACAGUGAAGAGAAUCAGAAAACAUGAUUAUGUGUCACUUUAAUAAAGGAAAUUUAGGUGUU